AUGAAUAAAGUCAAUUCAUAUUCAUCCAUUAGUGAAAACUGUAACGAGUUGCGCAGAUUGGAUUGUGAAAGAAAACGGCCCUCUACAAAAAUGGUUAAUGGACUAGAACAGCAGCAAGCCAUUAAUGGUUCUAUGGAAGCAACAAACGAUUUGGAUCGGGAAAGGUCAAGUCGCAUUCACUUACAGCAACCCGCUCGUCAAGAAGGAGGAAACGAAACCAAGAUCCUUAAAGAAUAA